GCACAUUUACAUCGGGUCAGUUCUGUGCGAGCGGUCAGCUAGUUAGUUUAUUUCGGUUGAUUCAGUUCUUAGUUUUGUAGAUUUUCAGUGAUCGUGAUUGGAAUGUUGCCCAUUGCCACCAGGUGAAAAGCAGAUGGUCAUCUGACGGAUGUACAAGAUUGAAGAAAGUGAUUUGCGAAUUAUUGGAAAGAAAUCGCGGACUCUAAAAACAGCGUUUCUCAACUGAAUUGUACAGUACCGUACAGUAUUAUUUUAAACGAAGCUCUAGGGAGCUUGAACGGAAAUAACAAUGAUCGCAGAUUUGUACUAUUAUUUCACCAAUUUGCCACGAUGGCACAUUUUCGCCAUAUUCUUCGUAGGAUAUCUGUUCUACUAUCUAAUGCAAGUAGUUAAGCGUCCAAUUCUAGCGAUCUCGGAUGGACCGUACAAGCAAUACCUUCACAAAAACAUUCCGAUACUGCGAAUGAAGUUCUGGCCAACGUUCUGGUGUGUGGAAAGUCGAGCACAGACCGUAUUUGCUAGUAUCAUUCGGUCGAAUAUUAUACCAGACAUAGAGUACCGCCGGGAGGUUCUAACGCUAAAAGAUGGUGGUGUGGUAGCGUUAGAUUGGCUGGAAUCGAACUGUGAUAGUGACUCGCCUUUGAUUAUCAUUCUCCCGGGAUUGACAGGCGAAUCACAAGCUGAAUACAUUAAGUGCCUGGUAAUGGCGGCCAAUCGCAUCGGAAUAAGGACAGUCGUGUUCAACAAUAGAGGUCUAGGAGGCCUUGCUCUUAAAACCCCAAGACUGUAUUGUGCAUCCAACAGUGAGGAUCUUUCGGAGGUUGUAAAUCAUGUGAAAAAAUUGAAUCCACAUGUAAAAAUUGGAGCCACCGGAAUUUCAAUGGGUGGUUUGAUUUUGGGAAAUUAUCUAGCCAACUACAACGAAGAAUCCAAGUCAAUUUUAACAGCAGCGAAAAUUAUCUCCGUACCAUGGGACGUCAACAAAGGAUCUGAUAGUAUUGAACAGCCAUACCUCAACAGUAUGCUGGGUCGACAUCUAGCGGGAAGUUUGUGCCGCACGGUACGUAAAUAUGAUAUUCUCAGGCACGAGGAUUUCGACUGGGACAUGGAUCAGGUUUUGCAGAGUAAAACCAUCAAGGAAUUUGAUUCCCAUUUCACUUCGAAGCACUUUGGCUACAAAGACGUCGACAGUUAUUACGCACAAGCUACGUUGCACAACAAACUCCACAAAAUCAAAGUGCCUUUGCUGUGUUUAAGCGCUGCUGACGAUCCAUUCCAGCCACUGGAUGCGAUCCCCAUCAAGGCUGCUGCCAAGUCAUCCCACGUGGCGAUUUUAAUUACGGCUCGUGGUGGCCAUAUCGGCUUCCUGGAAGGAUGGUGGCCAGCCAACAAAGAUCAGUACAUGGGUCGACUGUUCAGCCAGUUCUUCUCGGCUGCGUUGUUUGACCCAAACAACGAGUUUUAUCGCACAGCACAACUGAUGAUGGAGCACAAUUUACAGUCGUCGACAUCGGUACCUACGACACCGAUUUCUCGAUCGUCACGAAAGAAGUCAAUUCCGUUCUAAUAUUGAUUAGUUUGCAAAAGUUGAAGGAAUGGAUAGCUUAGUCCAGUUCAUGAAAUGAAUGCGAUAGAUUUUGUGAUAACGUUCAAAACGAUUUAUUCAAACUUUGUUAUAUUUAAGUUAUUGAACUAUAUCAAAAACAGGAACAGGCUUUAAGCUUAUUGUUAUGAAAUGAUAAUCAGAAUUGUUAUCCGAGCUACAAUGCCGCGCAAGUAUAAUGUUUCUGAGCAUUGCUAAGAGUACUAAACUUGUUUGAAAUUUUCGAAUACCGAAGCUUUAACAAAUAGUAAUUGUGGAAAGUUAUCUUCAUAGAGGAUAAAUAAUUGUAGGAAAAGAAGCUAUAGGAUUUUAGAGGUUCUUAUUUUAUUGAAGAAAUUUUAAAUGUAAAUUUAAAUUCUAAUAGAUUUUAAUUCGCAUGGAAGCAAAAGAAAUACUUUUAUUAGAGAGAAACGAAUGCCAGUUGCAGAUUUGCAUGAACCAGUAGUACUACAUAAAAGCCAGAUACUGCACUUGGUCAGUUUCAGGAACAUAUGAACUAAAUAAGCAAUAAAUUGAAAAGCAAUCAAUCAUAGUAAUCAUAUUUUUCCCAAAUUUUAAGAUAACAAGUUCAAUAGAUUUAUCCACAUAUCAUUAACAAGUGAAAACUGUAACCUGGGGUGAUUAAACUAUUGGGACGACGAUAACCAAUCACCUUGAAAUAUAACAGAACUUUGAUGAACUCUUUUCAUAGUGCAUUGUAUAUAGCUGAGCUGUCAUGUUAAGGGUGUGUUCAGGAGUGUUUCAGUGCAAGAUGUAUAGUUUAUGUCAAAAUUUAAAUCUGAAAAUUAUAACAAAAAACUCUGGCAGCUCUGUUUCAAAAAUACAAAAAAUAGUACGGCAGCGUAUACCAGUUUUAAAUUUGACUGUAAAACUGUUCGAAUAAAUAAAAUUAAAACGAUUGCUGGAGAUACGUUUGUUCUAUUUCCAGUUCUAUUAUAGAUCUCCCAUAUAAAACUUCCAGCUGCUGAAUUUGCUCUAAGUUUUUAAGUAAUUUGUGAGAGUCUAUGCAAAUUAGAUGAGCUGCUUUGGUAAUAUCACAGUUCAAAUAAAAAAAUUUCAUUUGACUAUCAUUUUCUUUAUUUGUCACGUUGACGAUUUAUUAGUUAUUUGAAAUUUUUCCAAACAUUUAUUUGAUAUCAUAAUAGUUAUCUAUAAAGCCCGUGAUCAAACAUUUAUUCACCGUAGCACACGUUACGGAAUAAUAACCAUUCAGAUUUUAUGAAAAAAUUUGAAACGAAUAAAGUCGUACCUAAUCACCCCAGUUUAUGGUAGUUCAAUUUGCUAAGCAGUUUGAAAUCAAAUCAUUGUAAUGAAAAAUACAAUCUAGAAUCGUUGAACAUAGUUCAUCCGCUACUACAAGCCCGGCCUAUUUUAUGUAUCCGUGAACGUUUCACCCGAAAAGAACAAUAAACUUACUUCUAAGUAGGAAAUAAUAGGCUUUUCAAAAAGAAAAAUAGUGCUAAUUUUCAUUUAAUUGAUGUGACUACUAAUCGAACGAUAGUGAACAAAAAAAAACUCACAACAAAAAUUGGUACUGAAGUGAACCGGAACUUUUGAAAUGAAUGGAAUCAAAACCGAACGUGGAAAGUUUGAUUUAGAGUUCACUCCAGUCUAGAUGGUUAAAAUUUCAACAGCGAAAGGUGCAAUUAUCAAACCAAAUAAGCAUGAAUUCAUCAAUUCUCAAGUUAAAAUAUUUUCUCUGUAACUGAUGUUAACAUACUUCUAUUUCAGAGUUUUAGUGAAAUAAAUAAAAUUUGUUGUACACCAAUCCUGCCGAAUA